AUGGCAUUGGCUGGAUUCCAAUUCAAUCAGUUGAACGUGAGGAGUGUGUUGGACUGCAUGCAUAAGUGCAAGCAACUGGGAGGAUGUGACUCCAUCAACUUCCAUCCAGCUUCUAAAUUGUGCCAGCUCAAUUCUCAUAUUAAUGGCUACAACAUCACCACACUUGCGGCUGCUGCUAACUGGUCGUUUUAUUGGAGAGUCAACACAGAGGAAGACCUCGCUAUCUUCGAGUCAAAAGUUAUGCAGUUUGACAAGUUACUGAUGUUAUUAACCUGUCGGGCGUAUGACCAGCUAGAAUCAUCAAAACCCAAACUCUGCCAAUCUGGAAAGUGUGUUUCGGAACAUUUCCACGUGCUAUCUGUCGAUAUGAAUCCGUCUGAACUCAGGCUACAUAAUGAGAUGGCUUCUGACAGGGCUGUUGAAUGUGACAGGAUAACAAAAUGA